AAUGUCUGACUUUGUUUCUCAUCUCACGCCCCCUCCAGUAUCACGUGUUUUUUCAAGCGAUGACAAGUACGCAUGCACAUGACGCCGUAAAGUAACCACUCUGUGACGUAAUGGUGAGAUUCGCUCUACAGUUCAAGGCCACUCUGGAGAACAUCUCCGGUCUGCGGCCUCUGGGAGAGGAUUUCCGCUGGUUUUUAAAGCUAAAAUGCGGAAACUGUGGUGAAGUAUCAGACAAAUGGCAAUACAUCACACAAAUGGACAGUGUUCCGCUAAAGGGCGGCAGAGGUAGUGCCAGUAUGGUGCAGAAGUGCAAGCUGUGCUCCCGAGAGAACUCCAUAGAUAUCCUGAGCUCCUCACUGCGGCCAUAUAAUGCUGAAGACAGUGACACCUUUAAGACUAUUGUAGAAUUUGAGUGCCGUGGGUUGGAACCUGUUGAUUUUCAGCCACAGGCUGGAUUUGCUGCUGAAGGAGCAGAAACUGGGACUCGUUUCAAUGAGAUUAACCUACAGGAAAAGGAUUGGACGGACUAUGACGAGAAAGCCAAGGAAUCUGUUGGAAUCUACGAGGUUACACAUCAGUUUAAAAAAUGUUAAUGUAUAAGAACCCAACUAAGUCCAAGAUAUGUAUAUGUAACUGUCAGGUCUGAGGCGACAGGGAAACUGAGCUUUGUGCUUCUUAUAUGGACCAGAGCAAGGUCAGGCUGACAGCAGCAAUAUUCAUCAGCUUUAUUUAAGUUUACAAAUGUGGGAUCAACAAAAAAACAAACUUCUCACCUAAAUGAGAAAAUCACUCAGCAGACUUGAUUUGUGUAUAAUUCAUACAACAAAAUACAUCUAAUAAACCGUUCUACAAGGGA